AUAAAUAAAUAUCGUUAUUCACGGUUAGGGUUUAGAGCGUGAGAAUUGGCGAUCUCAUCGGCUCUGCGAUGAAUCAUUGGAACCAGUAGACACAACGAGCAAUCGAUCAGUGGAAGAACAACCUUGGGAAUGAAUCAGCCGGUCCAGAAGAACACUCUCUACGUUGGGGGUUUGGCGGAGGAGGUGAACGAGGCAAUACUCCAUGCUGCGUUCAUUCCGUUUGGAGAGAUCAAAGACGUGAAGACGCCUCUGGAUCAGGCCACUCAGAAGCACCGGUCCUUCGGCUUCGUUACCUUUCUCGAGAAGGAGGACGCCGUCGCCGCCAUGGACAACAUGGACGGCGCCGAACUCUACGGCCGCGUCCUCACCGUCAACUACGCCCUCCCUGAGCGCAUCAAGGGAGGCGAGCAGGGUUGGGCCGCUCAGCCAAUUUGGGCUGAUGCCGACACAUGGUUUGAGAGGCAGCAACAAGAAGAAGAAAUGAAGCGUAUUCAAGCAGAGAAUCAGGCUGCCAUGCAGGCAGCAGAGGAGUUGCACAGGAAGAAAAUGGCACAAGAGCGAGAAGGGGAGAAGGAAGAAGAUACAGAGACCAACAAUGACCCGAUGGCGAGGGCUGAAGCCGAGGUUUUGAACCAGAAUGGUUCUUAGCAAUCAUCUUUUGGAGAAACAACAAUGAAUUCCUGUGAAUGGAAGAAAUCUCGGAAGUGUAUUACGGGCAACCGUGUUUCUUGUAACCCAUUUCUUCAAAUGUUUCUCCAAUGAUAUCUGUGUUGUAGAUUUGGCUAUGUGGUGUGGUGUAGCCAUUGAAGUUCUCAUACAAUUAAGCCAUGAGAAUGGGACAUGACAAGUUUUGGAGAGGGAUACAGAUUCAUUCACUGUUUAGAAGAUUUCAGAUGACUCACAAGGCUUCAUUUCAUUUUAGUGUG